GCCGAGCACCGCCUAGACGUCGUCAUCGUCAACAGGCAGAUAUAAAUCCGGAGCACAGAAGAGACCUUUCCUUCCCUCCACGACGACAAUAUGUCCAAUGACACUACACUUCUAGAUAAUCCUCCCUCUUACGACGCUGUUGAGUACGACACAGGGAAAGGCCAGCCUGAGGAGGACGUAAAGCCUCCUCAGACCCACAUGCAACCGCCGAACCAGCCUUACAUGACGGUUGGACCAUCCCAUGUUCCUCAAACUGGUCCACAAAACCCCGUUGUUUACCACUACGUCAACCCCGCCACAGGCGAUCGGGUUGCCUCGCUCUUACCGCCUAAUCAUCCUGAGAUGAUAUGUCUUCAAUCAGGCGAACAUGUCCCUCAAACGAAGUACGGGUUGCUUGGUAUACUCGCUGCGGUGUUCUGGUUCCCUCUAGGUAUCGGUCUCUGUCUACUCGACCGACGUGUAUGGUGUAGUAGAUGUGGGACAGUGAUCAAUGAUAGCUUGUGCGGAUGAACGACCUUCCCCCCAAGCCCCUGAGCCUCUAGCUCGUUGUAGGUCAUGAUCUAAUGGAUGUCUAAUCACUUUCUUAAGUAUCUCUGUACAAUAAAUGCAUGUGCUAGACACGUACCGUAAAUAUUAUU